AUGGCCCCUACGAUCGUCCUCAUCACCGGCGCCAACCGUGGCAUCGGCAAAGGUAUCCUAGAACUAUACCUGAAGAAGCCCAAUCAUUUCGUGAUUGCCGCAAAUCGUAACCCAACCCACCCAACUUCCGAAGCCUUGUAUGAUCUGCCCACGGCUAAAGGCACCACGUUGGAGGUCAUCAAGAUGGAUGCUCUUUCUCCUACCGAUCCCGAUGCAGCAGUACAGGCUUUAGCUACCAACAGAAUUACUCAUAUCGACAUUCUGAUCGCCAACGCCGGUAUCGCUCUUUCUUGGCCGAGGGUGUCGGAUGUCAAAGUGGAGGAUAUUCAGAAACACAUCGAUGUCAAUGUGUAUGGCUUCAUUCAUCUCUACCAGGCGUUCCGACCCCUCCUCAGGGAAGCCCAGGCUCCCAAAUGGGUAACAAUCGGGAACUUUGUCCCCAUGCAAAAUGCUGCAUACGCUCCCACAAAAGCCGUUCAGCACUGGUACACCAAGGCAAUCUCUGUUGAAGAUCCUUGGCUGAAUGCCUUCCCCGUAGACCCAGGGUGGGUUCAGACUGAUCUCGGUAACCGAGGCGCCGACGCUUUCGGGUUCGAAAAAGCUGCCGUUACCGUGGAAGACAGCGCUGCCGGCGUAGUCAAGGUCAUUGACGCGUCUACGCUGGAAACUCACAGUGGAAAGCUGUUCAAGUUUGAUGGUAAUGAGGAGCCUUGGUAG